ACGCCGCACGGCGGAGGCGAUCCGGGCCCGGGCGAUGGAGACGCACGUCUCGUGUCUGUUCCCGGAGCUGCUGGCCAUGAUCUUCGGCUACCUGGAGGUGCGCGACAAGGGCCGGGUGGCGCAGGUGUGUACGGCCUGGCGGGACGCCGCGUACCAUCGCUCGGUCUGGCGAGGCGUGGAGGCCAAGCUGCACCUGCGCCGCGCCAACCCGUCCCUCUUUCCCAGCCUGGCCGCGCGGGGCAUCCGCCGGGUGCAGAUCUUGUCGCUGCGGCGCAGCCUGAGCUACGUGAUUCAGGGAAUGGCGGAGAUCGAGAGCCUCAACCUGAGCGGCUGCUACAACCUCACCGACAACGGGCUGGGCCACGCCUUCGUGGCGGAGAUCGGCUCCUUGCGCGCGCUGAACCUCAGCCUCUGCAAGCAGAUCACCGACAGCAGUUUGGGCCGCAUCGCCCAGUACCUCAAAGGCCUGGAGGUAUUGGAGCUGGGAGGCUGCAGCAACAUCACCAACACGGGCCUCUUGCUCAUCGCCUGGGGCCUCCAACGCCUCAAGAGCCUCAACCUGCGAUCCUGCCGCCACCUGUCCGAUGUGGGCAUCGGGCACUUAGCGGGCAUGACCCGGAGUGCAGCAGAGGGCUGCCUGGGGCUGGAACAGCUCACACUGCAGGACUGCCAGAAGCUCAGCGACCUCUCCCUCAAGCAUCUGGCCCGGGGUCUCACUCGCCUGCGCCAACUCAAUCUCAGCUUUUGUGGGGGGAUCUCGGAUGCAGGGCUGCUGCACCUGUCACACAUGAGCAGUUUGCGCAUGUUGAACCUACGCUCCUGUGACAAUAUUAGUGACACAGGUAUCAUGCACCUGGCCAUGGGCAGCUUGCGCCUUUCAGGCUUGGAUGUCUCCUUUUGUGACAAAGUCGGAGACCAAAGCUUGGCCUACAUUGCACAGGGCCUUGAUGGGUUGCGCUCUCUCUCCCUUUGCUCUUGCCACAUCAGCGAUGAGGGCAUCAACCGCAUGGUGCGCCAGAUGCAUGGACUGCGCACUCUCAACAUUGGCCAGUGCGUCCGCAUCACUGACAAAGGCCUGGAGCUUAUCGCUGAGCACCUUAGUCAGCUCACAGGCAUUGACCUUUAUGGCUGUACCCGCAUCACUAAAAGAGGCCUGGAGCGCAUCACUCAAUUGCCCUGCCUCAAGGUGCUCAAUCUGGGACUCUGGCAAAUGACUGAGAGUGAAAAAGUAAGGUGAGAGGAGGGGACACCCAGAGAGCCCCAUCCCGCCGGAAGGCUUCACCAACUGACUGCUGCAGUAGAGAAAAGUGGAGGGGGGCAAUAGUCCUCCAAGGGGGGUUGGGGGAGGGAAGGGAAGGGAAAGCAUCUUGGCUACUUGCCUGCCUCUGUGCCCACACAAUGGAGGUGAGAGAAAGGGGGACCAUACAGGUAGUUCUCAAGUUAUGACCAUAAUGGAGCCUGCCUAUCAUGGUCAUAACUCAUGAUAGUUAUAAAGAUCCCUUGAUUUGACAACUUUGCAGCAGUUGUUACGCGAAUCUGAUGUCAUUAAGCAAGUCAGUGGUCUUCUAUGGGUUCAGUUUUGCCAAAAACUGGAAGCAAAUGCUGGUUUUCAGCAAAACUGGUAAAAUAUGGUCACGUGACUGCAGGCGCUUGCAAAUUGCCAUAAUUGUGGCCAGUUGCUGAGCUGGCUACUAUCGCACGACUCAGAGUGCCAUCACAUGACUGCAGGAGGGUGGUAGCCAGAAUUUUUAACCUGGGUCUUAAGUACACCUUAGUUAGUCUGUUGGAACUUUGAACAGUCUCUAAGCAACUGGUCAUAAGUUGAGGACUACCUGUACUUUGUUUCAUAAUUCCUUCCUCUGAAUUAGAGGGAGACAAACAACUGCACUCUACAGCAGCCUUCCAUGUGAGUGGAUACAGUAUCAUUUUUUAUUGGAAAUGCAGCUUCUCAAAUCGUUUAUGCACUGGGGAUGGACGCAGCCCCUUUACCCCCUCUGAUUUCACUUAUUUCUGCACUAGGGAUAAAAGAACCCUACCCUAUUCCCUUUCUAAUUUCAUGAGAACCUGCCUUUUAUUGGGCAAAUAGUCUCAUCCUUUUCUAGUCCCUUUCGCCUAUGCUUGUCCAUCAACCCUCACCAUGCUUUUUGUAGUCUGCCAUCUUUUUCUUAAUAAUGUAGGCAACCUGUAGAUAUCAAAUUGAUUGGGGCAUUGCCUUACAGCAAGUCAGGCCAUUGGCCUUUAUAUCUCAACUGAGUGGCAGAAAAUCUCCUGUCCGAAAAGGACAAGUCUUUCUUGGCCCUAUUGUUCUAGCUCUCCUAAACCCUAGAACCCUUGGUUCCCCCCCACCUUCUGCUUUUUCCCAGUUUGAGAUUAGAAACAUCAAGCCUUUUACUGAGAAGAGAGGCUUUUUUGAAAUGCCAUUAAUUGGAGUGUCAGCUAUGUGUUCAUUUUACUCAUUGUUGCUUAGAGGGCCAUCACAUUUUCCCCAGAAACUCAUUUUAUGCUGUAUCCAACCCACAUCAUCACCAUAUUUCUCUUUGCUGCUGAAAUCAUUACAAAGUUGAAUCAUCUUUUUUACUUUUUAUGUUUCUGUGGCUUUCCCCUCCUACUUAUUUCAUCUUUUGGGGAAACAGAUUUAAAAAAAAAAAACAUAGCCACAAUUUCAUUUUUUGGAGGAUUGGAGGCAGAGUGAUGGAAUUAAUCAUCACCAGAAAGGCAACAACAAAUGCCUUCUACAACCCUACAACACUCCCACCCACCCUUUAUACCUUAGCUGUUUUAUUUGUUCUCUUAUCCUCUUCAUACAUGGAAUAAGUUUGAAAGACAGCUGAAGUGGCUACCCUUGUGAAUUUUAACUCAAGUAUACUAUCACUAUAUAAACAUUUGGCUACCUCGAGUUUGGGUGGUUGUUUUUUUCUCCUUCCCUCAGCCUUGGAAUGUUUAUGAGAAAGUUGAAACUGAAAUUAUGUUGUGCCUAGACUGGUAAGAUUUCCCCUGGGCUUUAAGAUUUGGAGAGGGAGAAUAGGAAGAGGAGAAGGAAAAGUGACUAGGAAUUUUUGCCCCUGCUUGUCACCUAUAAACUUGAUGCCUCUUCCUUUUUUGACUAAAGUUUUGGAAACCCACCAGUGCUUUUGUUUUCUCACUCUUCUAGCACAAAGACAUGGAAACACGGGGAUGUCCAAAUUAGCGAUUGGGCAAUGAUUAAAGAAAUGUGAAAGUAGGAACUCUUUGUUUCUUUAAAUAUAUGCAAACUCCUGCCUUCCCUUCUCAAAUUACUUAGAUCCGAAGUAUGGAGCUUCCAGUAAGGAAGUGCCCAGAGAGGAGCAAGCAGAACAGACUGACUUGCAGUUGCAACACGAAUGGGAAAAAGUCACCUUCAAGUCAACUUCUGUUCUGCCUUUAAAAUAAAAGCCACUUCUUGAUGCUUGUCUUUGAAGGAGGAUCAAGACAACUUUGAAGAAAGCAAAAUCGAUGGGGGAGGAAGGGCCAGUGUAGAUUUUUCCAAUUCUCCACAGUUCAAGGAAAUGUGAAAUUUGGACAAGCCCAGACACUACAGCCCCCCCCCCCAUCAUGGAAUAAAUGUACUGUUUAUGAAUUUGUAUAAAAUUAAAGAUCCUCUUAAAACAUUUUAUAUUCUUACAGUAAAAGGCUAAACUGAUAUUUAUAUAAUAAAAAAGGAAAUAUGAAGUAUGUUUUUUAAAAAAAAUGUUGCAUGUGUGUCUUUGUCCUUUAAAAGACAGGGAAUAUCCUAAGUUGUGAGGAGAGUUGUUGUCCCCUCCUUCCUUGGUUAAUGAGCAAUUUGGUUUAGUGAAUCAAAGCCACUGGAACGCUUUUGUCCUUUGAGCAUAAAAGGUUAAGUAACUUCCAAAUUAGAA